CGGGCAACUGAAACUCGCCGAGCGUGUCAAACUUUUAUGGGACUUCGAUGUCAAGGAAAACCAUCUGUAUCGCCUAAGGCAUGGUCAAUGUGGGCGCCACCCUGACCCCUCGGAUGACCUGAUCCUUUUAAACUUCCUCAGCAGGUAAGAUAUCGCCCCGCCAUAUUUUCUCUCGCAAGGUAUAAAAUCGGAAGAAAUACGGUGGCAAAUACACAUAUGGAUGAAGACAUCGAAGAGUUCCAGAAGGAAAGGAUAGGAAAUGAGUAGGGAGACCUUCAACUCCAUAAAAUACCAGAUGAUCCAAAAAAAACAGCCCGAUUAAAUGCUCACCCUGAACAAAGAGGACACCAUUAGCUGCGGAUCAGAUACGGAAGACGAAGAGAAAGGGGAUGACAACGACGAAGAGAAAACACUGAACGUUGAGUUAGCCGAUGAAGGGAUGGACGUGGAAGCCACUGCUCUGUAUACAGGUGUCUACGCCUACAUGCUGGACCUGAUUCUGCUGGGCAUUCGUACCGAUCGCAAAACCAUCAUGAUCGCCGCAAUCUGGAGCCCAGGGGUGAACUGCAUGGCCGAGCGACACAUGACCAGACCCAUUUUUUUGCGCAUGGGACCAUCAUCCCCAUGCCGAUGA